AUGGCGUCGCCAAGUGGUCCUUCUUAUCCACGGAGGACUCGGAGAGAGCUUACGGAGCGAACAAGAGUCCACGUCCCCGACCGAGGUGGCCUAUCGCACAAGGCCGCUGAUGUCGAGGCGUGCAUAAUGGCUGGUGAAUACAUUGCUACCAUCGCUCCGUUCAUGCCCUUGUCGCAUUUCGAAACGCGGGAACUCGGGCCUUGCAGGGCUGGGUGGGCGUCGCAUGACCGACCGCCACCUUCCCGGCAGAUCGGAACCACCAGACUUCGAGAUACUAAUGGAGGGACGUGCGAAUAUCCUCAGCAGCCACGUACAACAAAUCGCGGUUAUGAGUAUGCGCACGCACGCGUAAUGACUGUGGUUCAUGCGGCUGCAGCUGUUGUCACGCACUACUUAAGGUUUACUAGGAGAUCAGCUUGGCAGUCGUCCGAGGCCGUGGCCGUGGGGUGA